AUGGAGUCCAUCAGGUCUGUCUUCUUCAAGCCGGACCCGCAGGCCCAGGUCCGGAAAUGCAACCAGCUCAUCCGCGCGAACACACGCAAACUCGAUCGCGACAUUGCGCAACUCAAGACUGUCGAGAAUAAGACGAAAGACCUCAUCCGCCAAGCGUCGCGGCGGGCGCAGCGCAACCCCGCACAGGCGAAGCAGGCGAGCGCGGAGACGAGAGUCUUUGCGCGGGAACUGAUACGGGCGAGGAAAACUACGAGUCGGCUGAUUACGAGCAAGGCGCAACUACAGAGUGUGUCGAUGCAGGUAUCGGAGGCUUUUGCGACAAAGAAGAUCGAGGGGAGUUUACGUGCUAGCACUGGGAUCAUGAAAGAUGUGAAUCAUCUUAUCAGGCUACCUGAACUUAUGGGCACCAUGCAAGAGCUUAGCCGGGAGCUAGUGAAGGCAGGAGUCAUCGAGGAGAUGAGCGCGGAUAUGCUACCGGAGCUUAGCCUGGACGAAGAAGACGAGGAGGAGGCGGAGAGCGAAGUAGACAAGGUACUGGGCGAGAUCUUGAAGGACAAAAUGGGAAAGGUUGGUGCCACGCCAGUGGAGGCGGCGCCGAGCGUACCUGCAGAAGAAGAAGAGGAGGAGGAAGAUGCAGAGGAGAUGCUCAGUCAAAUGAGGGGCCGGCUGGAGGCACUGAAGAGUUAA